CCUAGAUACAGACCUAGCGUGUUGGUAUCUCAACUGACCGGUGGGCGUUGCCAAGACAUACCAUUCCCGCCUUCACGGUCUCCGAAUGUCGGGCAGGUCUAUUUCUCAAGCACGCCAUCGCAUUUGUACGCCAAAAGCACGCGAGACCCAUGAAUGGGAAUACUCCGUAAAGGUUUGACCCAAACGGUCGAGUCCGAUUAUGCAGGGUAUAAGGUGGGUUCGGUGCAGCCUCGGUAUUGUUGAGCCGCUCCCGUCUUGACUGUGAGGCUUGGUACAUAUCGGAGCCCUCACUAAUUGUAUUUCCAUCGCUGCGGAACUGACGACUUACAUCACCACCUAAACUUGUUAGUUCUGACUGUCAUCAUGGCUGGGGUGCCAGAGAUCAACGACCAUGCAAUUGGAACCACGGAAGUACGAGUACCACUCGCUCGUGAACCACCUACCGACAAACAACCAUUCACUGACAGACCGAUCAAAGUAAUCAUCGUUGGCGGUGGUAUCUCUGGAAUCUCUGCCGCGGUGCUUCUGCCCCGUAAAGUGAGAAACCUGUCUUAUACGCUGUAUGAUCGCAAUGACAGGGUUGGCGGCACCUGGGCUGAAAACACGUAUCCGGGUGUUCGAUGCGACGUGCCAUCCCAUGUCUAUCAAUUGACGUUUGAGCCGAACCCAAAUUGGAGCGAGUAUUACUCCAAAGGCAGCGAAAUCCAACAGUACUACGAUAAUGUCGUUGAAAAGUACGGUGCAAAGCCUCACAUCAAGCUUUCGCACGAAGUCCUCUCCGCAAGGUGGCUUUCUGAUGAGUUUCAAUGGGAGCUCCAAGUCAAGGACCUCUCGACCAACACUGUUUUCAUAGACAGGGCGGACGCAUUGAUUGCAGCACCUGGACGGGUGAAUCAGGCAAAAUAUCCUGAUAUUCCUGGUCUUGACAAGUUUAAAGGAGACAUUGUUCACACUUCGAAAUGGGACCAUUCCAUUCAACUCGAGAACAAGCGUGUCGCGGUCAUUGGGAAUGGCGCCUCUGGUCAACAGAUUCUUCCAACCAUACUCCCCCAAGUGGCGCAUAUCGACCACUAUGUUCGCGGCAAAACCUAUGUCAGCCCAACCUUCCGUCAAGGACUGUUGCAGGCUUCUGUGGACAUCCCCGGUGGACAUAUCUACUCCGCAGACGAAAUCCGCGAAUUCAAUGAGAAUCCUGCCGCCCUACUCUCCUAUCGAAAGAACCUCGACAAAUUGCAUUAUGGCGCCGUCAAUAACCGCUUUGCUGAGCUAGGCAGUGAAGACAAUUUCAAACUGAGAGAAAGUUUGUUGAAAACCAUGCUUGAGCGCCUGAACGGUGAUACAGAGUGGCUUGCUCGUCUGACUCCAGAUUAUGGUCCUGGUUGCAAGAGAUUAACCCCUGCACCCGGGUAUCUUGAAGCCAUCAUCGGCCCAAAGGUUGAGUUCGUGGACAUUCCUAUUGUUCAAGCCACGGCCACGGGACUGGUGACGGCAGAUGGAACGGCCAGAGAUGUCGAUGUGAUUAUCUUGGCAACUGGGUUCAGAGAUGGCUUCUAUCCUCGUUUCCCUACCAUCAUCAAGAACGGCGACGAUUUGUCCCAAGUCUGGCAGCCUGGUCAGAAAAUCGGAUUUCCGGAAAAUUACCUCGGAAUCGCGGCGCCACAUGCCCCAAAUUAUUUCUUCGUUCUCCAAGCGCAGGGAAACGCCUUUGGUGGGUCGGUUCCGUAUCAGACGGAAAUCUCGGCAACUUACAUCGCUCGACUUCUCCGAAAACUGCAAAGGGAUGGAUAUCGCGCCUUAUAUCCGACAGAAGCUGCAACACGGGACUUUACUGUCGUCGUUGACAAGUACUUUGAAAAGUCUGUAGUCAACGACAAAUGCAGAUCGUACUUCAAACUUGAAGACAAGCCAGGCAAAUCGAAGAACGUCAUAGGAUAUCCUGGUACAACUCGGCAACGGGUCGAAAUACUUGCGGAACCACGAUGGGAAGACUUCAUCUUCGAAGGCGAUGAUGGGACUGUGAUCUCGGCAGAAGUCGGCAGUCCGUCCACCGAGGGAUCUGGUCCAUCGCCAAAUCGCUUUACCCGGAUAUGGGGACGUGGUCGGUCUGUCCUCGAUGAUGAAAACAACUUGGACGCGGUCACCUAUCACUUGGCAGAGAUUGGAAAAGUCAACUUGAGGACCCUACACGAGGAUCCAUGGCAAGCCACCGAAACUGAUCCAUUGUCUCGGCUCUGAAGAAGAAACUAUAAGCAUUAGUCGGGUAGAAAACUGUGAUUUGAAUGAUGAUAGGUCUGUACCAUGUCGUUGGUUCGCCU